GCGGAGCAGGUCCAGCACACACGCCACCAUGAGCACCGCCAGCUACGAGUCCUAUUUCCACGCUCACCGACGGCGCUAUGGGGACAGCUCCGUGCCCCGGUCCUACGGAACUGUCCAGCAUUUCAGGAGCGGCUACGGCGGGAGCCCCUACGGCGGGAGCCCCUACGGCGGGAGCAGCUACGGCGGGAGCAUGAAACCUUCCUACACAACUUACUCAGUGCCGGCUUUUGCCAUCAGGAAAGCCCAUAGCGCCACUUCGACCUUAAUGUCCUCGAUGGAUAACUUCGAUCUUAGCCAGGCGACCGUGGUGAGCAGCGAGUUCAAGGCACUGAGGACCCAGGAGAAAGCUCAGCUCCAGGAUCUGAACGACCGUUUCGCCAGCUUCAUCGAGAAGGUGCAUGAGUUGGAACAGCAAAACAAGGUGCUGGAAGCCGAGCUCUCUCUCCUGCGCCAGAAACAGGGCGGGCCCUCCAGACUGAAAGGCAUCUACGAGCAGGAGCUGAGGGACCUGCGCAUGGCUCUGGAUGAUGCCAAGCAUGAGAGGCAGGCAGCUCAGAACGAGAGGGACCACUUGGAAGACGCCCUGAAGAACCUGCAAAACCGCUACGAGGAGGAGGUGCUGAACCGGGAGGAUGCCGAGGGCAGGCUGAUGGAAGCGAGGAAAGGCUCGGACGAUGCAGCUUUGGCGAGGGCCGAGGUGGAGAAGAAGAUCGACAGCCUGAUGGACGAGAUCGCCUUCCUGAAAAAGCUCCACGAAGAGGAGAUUGCCGAGCUGCAGGCUCAGAUUCAGUACGCUCAGGUGACGGUGGAGGUGGACAUGGCCAAGCCCGACCUGUCCUCUGCCCUGAGGGAGAUCCGGAGCCAGUACGAGAAGGUGGCUGCGAAGAACAUGCAAUCAGCCGAAGACUGGUACAAGAGCCGCUUCGCCAUGCUCAGCGAAAGCGUCUCCAAAGACAACGACGCCACUAAGCAGGCCAAGGACGAGGUUGCGGAAUAUCGGCGCCUUGUCAAAGCCAAGACCCUGGAAAUCGACGGCGUGAGGGGGAUGAACGAGGCGCUGGAGAGGCAGCUGCAGGAACUGGACGAGAAGCAGGGCGGGGAGAUCAGCGCACUGCAGGACGCUAUCAGCCAGCUAGAAAACGAACUCAGGACCACCAAGAACGAGAUGGGACGCUACCUGAAGGAGUACCAGGACCUUCUAAACGUGAAAAUGGCCUUGGACAUCGAGAUCGCAGCCUACAGGAAGCUGCUGGAAGGCGAGGAGACACGGAUCAACUAUGCCAACGUUGGGAGUGUGAUCAGCAGCUACACCCACACCCAGAGCGCGCCUAUCUUUAGCAGACCCAGCUACUCCCUGCAAAGCAGCUCCUACAUGUUGUCCAGCAGACCCACAAUCUUCAGUGCUUAUUCCAGCAGUCAGGCUGAGGAAGAAAUCAUACAGCAAGCCCAGGCAUUCUCAGAGCAAAUGGAACCUCCCGCAGAUGAGGCUGAAGAAGCGGAAGGUGAAGGUGAGGAAGAGGGAGGAGAAGAGGAAGGAGGAGAAGAAAAUGGUGAAGAGGCAGAAGAAAAAGAGGAAGAAGGUGGUGAUGAAGAAGAAGACAAGAAGGAGGAUGAGGCCGAAGGUGAGAGUGAAGAGAAGGAGGAGAAGGAAGAGGAGGAAGAGGAGAAAGGAGAGAGUGAAGAGCAGGAAGAAAGUAAAGAGAAUGGAGAUGCAGAUGAUGAGAAGAGUUCAACAAAGGAUGAAGAAAAGAAGUAGGAGCUGAAUAAAGAGAAGUUAUAGGGUGUUGAUUUGCAAAAUGGGAACCUACCCCAGCCAUUCAAUCAAAUGAACCAAAGAUAUAAUGCAAAAUGAUCCAAUGAAAGUUUAAUGCUUUAUGUAUUAAGAUUGACUCAGCACAAAAUGUAAGAAAAAUAAUGAAAUGCGUGUGCAGAUUGUAAACAUAAUGAUGUGUAAGCAUGGUUAAUGAGGAAUGCAAGCCAUGCAGUGAAUACAAUUGACAUACAUGCCAGAAAUACUAGAACAAUAUAGUAUUGUCAUUAUGCAGUAACUAUAAAAGCAGGGAUAAAUGUGCAAUUAUUUAGAAAAGUUACACAGGACAAUAUGAUAUGUUUGCGAUAGGUUGAGUCACAAUGGAUGGUGCAAUCAACAAUAAAUACAA